UCUCUAGGCAUGCGUACGAGGGAAGAUAUCUGGCUAACCUUUCAACUUGCACUAGUUUGUAACAGUUACGAUGGCGACCAUCACCGAGCUGAAAGCUGCUCUGAAAGAAACUCUUGAAGCUCGGGGUGUCUUGGGUCAAUUGAAAGCACGGAUUCGAGCUGAGGUUUUCAACGCACUGGACGACCAGAGUGAGGCUCGACCAGCUCUUUCCCACGAAAAUCUUCUCAUAAAUGAGCUGAUCCGCGAGUAUUUGGAAUUCAACAAAUACCGAUAUACCGCUUCCGUUUUGAUUUCAGAGUCCGGGCAGCCCGAGGUACCUCUGGAUCGGCAGUUCAUGACGAAUGAGCUGAAUGUGGUGGAAGACCCCAGUUGCAGAUCUGUCCCCCUGUUAUAUGGGUUGCUGUCUCACUUCCUGAGCAGUGGUGGUGAGAAAGGAGGCAAGCGGUUCCUCCGGAGCUCAGCUCCAGCAGCCUCCAGAGAAAAUGCUGUGCGUCCCACAGGCGAAGUCAGCCGAGCAGGUAUGCCAGAAGCAGCUCCAGUUGGGAAUUCUAGCACAGAGGCUGUUAUCCUGCAGGGUAGAUACAGGUGACCAUUGCCUACCACGGCAAUGUUCAUGUUGCCAAAAGGGGAUCAAACUGCUUUUGAAUCUCACUUUCAGUUCCUCAGUCAGAUGAACCACGUGCCUUUUGGUUCUUUUAUAUCCUGUUUCACUACAGUAAGGGCAGAAAGGUCAAGCUAUCAAUGCUUAUUUAAAAAUACUGUAAAUUGUUGGUUUUUCCUGUUAAUUCUGGUUUAUUCAAAUGGAUCAAAAAAUAACUAGCAGACAUGCAAUGUCAUUAACUAAAACUUUUUAGCCAUGUACUGUAUGCAUUCUGUACAAAAGUUGGUACUACAUAUGUUGUAAUGCAUUAGGUUGUUCUUUUGUUCACAUCAUACAUUAGAAAUGUUUUUUGAAUUUAAUGCUGUUUUUAUUAUUUAUUUUUUUAAAUGUUUCAUCAAAUAAAUAUAUUAUGUUAAUGAGA